AUGCCUGUCUCAACUCGCCAAUCUGUGCGUCCUAAACACAUCUCGACAGAACCGCUUUCGUCAAAUACCCUAUCUCCAUCGCAGUCGUCGCUUUUCUCAAGAUUGCUUGUGAUGAACAUGUACAAACUCACCGCUGCGUUACUCAUCUUCUUCGCAACCACUCACACGAUCGGCGGCCUCCUCCUCCCUAACGACUUCGGUGUGGAGGGCAACGCUCUUUUCUCCGCCAUGCAGACCGUGAGAUUCAAUUUCAUGGGCCGCCUGAGGACCUUGCAUGAUUUCUACAUGGGGUUUGGCUUAGGCGCAACGGUGUUUUUGUCCAUGAGCGCCGCGUUAUCAUGGGUCUUGAGCGCUCAUCCAACCACCACUGGUCAUACCAUGGCACUGCGUUUUGCGCCUCGAAGUGAGCCGAAAGGAGAGGCGAAGAGGGCAGAUGAUGGCGAUGGGAAUGCGGCAACGAGGGGCCAGGAAGGAAUGCGCCUGGAGGAGCUGUUGAGCACGUUGAAGUGGAUUUUGUUUCUCAGCAACUUUGUCAAUAUGCUGCUUUGCUACGUUUACUUCUUUGUUCCGCCGAUGGUGGUGAGCACGGUGAUCGCAGCCUUGCUGGGUUUGGAGUGUUUAAAGGAUUGGAUCCACUAA